AUGGCAGACGGCUUUGAGUUUAUCUUGCAUGAGCCCAAUAAGCGGCUUUCGCGGGAAACCCACCGCAAGAUCAGGAGGCAUGCUAUGAGAGCCGCUGGGGCAUCGCGUCGCAUAUCGAAUAACGGCCAAUCCAAAUCGCUUUCGAAACUCCACGAGCUGGACCGGAAGAACGCGGUACUUAGCCCACCACCUCCUAUGCCUUUAUCAGGCCUAGAGCUUCUCGUCAAAGAUAUCGGUCUGGAUCCUGUCAACUUUUCUUCACUUACAUCUGUGCACAUUGGGCCAGUUGCUUCGACUCUGCUGCAUCUGGAUUCAGGUCAGCUACCUGGAAUUCUGGUAGAUAGGCAGUGGUCAUAUUUCUCUUUUAUACCGUCACGCUACGGGCACGUUGAGGCUCUAGACGACGCAUUCCGGUGUCUUAUAAAUGCAGCGCAUUCGCUUCUUGUUCCUAACGAUGGAGGAGGUGACGAGAUCAUCCUUCAUGGUUAUGGAAAAGCUCUUCAAAGUCUGCAGCAGGCGAUUUACCAGCCCAGUAAUCGAUACGCUGCCGAGAUUCUAUGUGCUAUGGCGAUAUUAUCUAUCAUUGAGAUCUUGAACUCGUCAAAAGGACAAUUGUGGUUCCAUCAUAUUGCGGGAGCUGCCCUGCUUAUCAAAUUUCGAGGUCCGGAGCAAUUUACAUCCGAUUUUGACAUUGCUUUAUUACUAUCAUUAAGCUUUCCCAUUUGUGCGGAGGCUCUCCUCAACAACCAAAAAUGUUUCCUUGACGAUCCCAUAUGGGCCCAAGCUAUCCGAAAUGCCACCUGUGAACGACAAACCUUUACGGAUCGUUCUCCGCUUGGCAUCAGGCUACUAAUACUCCUAACCAGACUCCCUGGCCUUGUUAAGAGAACAUGUCACCUGGUCACCAUCCAGAACACUCUACAAGCGGACAAGUUUGACUCUGUGGCUGCAGAAUUGCGAGAAUUGCGAUCACACAUUGCUGUCUGGCGUCGAGAAUUCAACAUGGCGCUAAUACAUGCCAACGAUAAAGCUAUUCCUGAUAAACGCUACGAGUUCCUUGGUACUUGUCUAAUCAUUCAAAUCUUUACGAGCCGACUAUUGGGCUCUAUCUUACCUAAUGAACGAGGCCUGCUUGAAGAAGAAGCUCAAUGCUUUUCCAUUGAGCUUAAACAACUUCAAGCAUCAGUGGAGCAUCACACGCGCGAAGAGUUUCUCUUGACACAAAAAGCAAAAAUAGCUACUGCAACUAUUAACACUCGUGAUGAUUUUGCUGCUGCAGUGGGAAAUGGACGUAUCGUAGAAGCGUGGAGAUUAAGGAAAUUUUGCAGCUAUAUUGGUAGGAAAUUUUGUGAUGGAAUCACAUGCUGCACACCGGAUGGAUGA